AUGUUCGGAGAUAGGAGUAGGGUUGAGAAAGUGGCCAUAGUUGAGAAUGGAGAGGCGAUGCUCCCCAAAGAGUUGGUGGCGAUGGCGCUUGGUCUCCCCAAUGUACUGUUUUGCAUUCAUUGAGAUAGAUAAGGUUUUUGGAUUUACAGUUUAAGGGGUCAUGUAUAGGUCGUUUCUCUUUGGUGGAGGUGAAGGUGUAGUUGGCUUGGCCUUGUUUUAAAAAUGGACAGGUAAGGCAGCGUGGAUGAUUGCAUUUUGAAACGUCGGGAGAUGUUUUUUUUUUCUCAGUGACAUCUUAUACCUAAAGGUCGGUUCUGAUUUAGAUCUAGUUAUAGACAUAACAUUGCAUCUAUCCAAUGUCAGUGAUAGGGUCAGUUUCAUUUGAAAGAUGACUUCAUCCUGGGAGCUCAGAACAUCACGAUACAUUACAGCAUCAUCAGUAAACAGCUUUAUCUUGGAAUUCUGGUUGCAAGCAAUGUCAUUUAAAUAAACGAUGAACAGAAAGGGACCAAGCACCGUGUCUUGGGGAACACCAGAUGUGACAUCAACCCAAUCUGAUUUUGCACCAUUUACAUGGACACGUUGGGAGCGGCCAAGAAGGAAGGGCUUGAUCCAUUCCAGGGUUUUAUUUCGAAUACAGUAGUGGUGAAGCUUGUGUAGUAGCCCCUGCUGAGGGACACUAUCAAAAGCUUUUGCAAAAAUCUAACAGAAGAACAUUAGUUCUUGUACGCCUGUCCAGAGAGGAGAACCAAUCAUCUAGAACGGUUAUCAGUUGGGUUAAGGUAGAAAAGCCUUUGCGAAAUCCAUGCUGAUGGGGUAUUAUGAUGUCGUUGGUGGAGAAAUACUUUGACAUGGAGUUUAAACCAAUGUGUUCCAUAACUUUUCAGGAAAUGCAGGUCAACGAAAUGGGUCUGUAAUUUUUAGGAAGAGAUUUGUCACCCUUUUUAUAGAUAGGAGUGACCACUGCUCUCUUCCAAUGUCCUGGUACGCAUGAGAAGUCAUACGAUUGUUGAAAAAUCCUUCAUUUUGUAACACAGCAGCACAAUGAUGAGCAAAACUUUUUAAGAAUCCAAGGAGAAAUUUGAUCUGGUUCUGGGACUUUCCUAGAGCUGUUUUUCAAUUCCAGUAACUACGAAAGCCGAGGAGGGUCUUCCGACUUCCGACUUCCUAUUUCCAACUUCCGACUUCCAACUUCCGACUUCUAACUUCCGACUUCCAACUUGACUCCUCUGUCAGGCUCGAUUGCCGCUCGAUCCGCCACGCGGGUAUUAAUGCUCAAGGUCAAGGCUCAGUAGAAAGAACGGCUGUACCGUUCUAG